GACAAGCUUAGCGGCGCCAACUGUGAAGUACAGGCGAGAUCAUGGCGGAUAACAAGCAAAGCAGGAGAAGUUUCUCCGACGAUGGAGGGCCGCAGGAGGAGGGAGACAGAGUGAAAACUAAGCCUGUGUCUUGUAGCACUGUGGGAGGAAAGGGGGUCCCUGUCAAACGCACAUCUCAGCUCCUCACCCCUGAGGAUGAAGACGAGUCCUCUGACCAACCCGCGCCCUCCAAAGCCUCCAAAAUCGGCUUUAGCAUGAGCAGCAAGAUGACGACGAAAUCAAACCCCAUCUCCAUCAAACUAGGAGCAUCAAAACCCAAAGAGCCUGUACCAUCAGCUCCUCCAAAAAAGCUCGGGGUGGCGUCUGUUUUUGACGAAGAUGAUGAUAGUGAACCAGAAGAGAUGCCUCCAGAAGCAAAGAUGAGGAUGAAGAACGUCGGCAGGGAGACUCCAACAUCUGCUGGACCUAAUUCCUUCAACAAGGGCAAGCAGGGCUUUUCUGAUAAUCAGAAACUCUGGGAGAGAAAAAUGAAGACCCAGCCUGAAAACUCAUAAAUCACAACUAAGUUUUGUCACUAAUCAGAUUUUUGUACAGUUUAACCGUGUCUGUUAUCUGUGAAAGCACAAUUUUUUUUUCUUAUUGUUGCCUUUUUUUAAGCAACUUGUCAGCUUUUUGAAUGUCACUCAUAAAAUAAUCUUUUCAGUCGUCUCUGGUUAAGACUGAGGUUGUAUUUCCUCUUCUGAGCUCCACUGGUUGACUCUACAGCCAGUAUCUCACUGGGCUGGGACUCUUGGACGUUAGUUUGUGAACAGCGUUCUGGAGGGAGUCUCCAAAAUGUCUCAAAACGUUUUCUGUCGUUUUCAAUGUUUUUGCUUGAGGUAUUGAGACUCGGAUCUGUCGCGGGCGUCUCCAAACCUCAGUUUGGUUUCUGCUACUUCGAAAGAGCGAGAAACGUGAGCAAACUUUGGGAGGGUUUGGCUAAAACUAAACUGUGACUGAUCGAAGACAAAAGAGA